AUUUCCCCCUUCUCCCUAUUUAUAUCCUCUCAAUUUCUCCUCUUUUCUUCAAACUAAUACAGUCCCACCUGUCGGUGACAAAAAAUGGCCCAUUGUCGCUCUUCCUUCUUGCUGCUGGUGUCCCUUGUUCUCUUGCUUACACUCUCCAAUGUGGCUGAGGUUUAUGGUAGUGGUAAAUAUAAUAACCUUAAACCGUCAGAUUGCAACCCAAAGUGUAACUAUAGAUGCUCAGCAACAUCGCACAAGAAGCCAUGCAUGUACUUCUGCCAAAAGUGCUGCAAGAAAUGCCUGUGUGUGCCUCCUGGUACUUACGGCAACAAGCAAGUUUGCCCUUGCUACAACAACUGGAAGACCAAGGAAGGAGGACCCAAAUGCCCUUGAAGCUAGUUAGCUCUUUAAUUAAUUAAUUAAUUAUUUGUCAAAGUCUUGAUAUUAAAUUAUAAGCCAACCCCAUUAUUUAUAUUAUUGGCAGCAAUUAGUGCAGAGAAUCUGUGGCUCUAGUGCUUGCAUCAAUUAGAGUUGAUCCAUCGAUCUUAAGCCACAAUCAUCAGGUUACAUUUUCAUGUAACGUAGUUGCUUUGAGAAGGGCCAUCUUCUUGAAUCUAGUAAUCUUGAAGUAUUUUCCGAUUA